AUGAACAUGGACUGGAUUCUAGACAGUGGCUACCUGCCCCAUGCUGUCAUUAGGAUUGGCAUACGGCGCCAGCUUCAGGAGCGUCUCGACUCGAUUGCAAGCACAUCGCUCAGCCUAGAUUAUGAGCGAAAAAUGAACUUCAUCGAGAAGCUGCGUGCGCAACCUAUUGCAAUUGAGACUGGUACAGCCAACAAACAGCACUACGAGGUUGGCACCGGUGUUCUAGCUGCCUGCCUCGGCCCACGUAUGAAGUACUCGUGUUGCUUGUAUCCCAGAGGCGGCGAAACGCUGGCACAGGCCGAGAUUGCCAUGCUACAGACUUAUAUUGACAAAGCUGAUCUAAAGGAUGGCAUGAGUGUCUUGGAUCUGGGCUGUGGCUGGGGGUCAGGUGCGUUGUACUUUGCAGAAGUCCUGCCCAACUCCAAGGUUACGGCCUUCUCCAACUCCAAAACGCAAAAAGAGUAUAUCGAUACCAAGGCAAAGGAGAAGGGGCUAACUAACCUCACCGUCAUCACGGGCAACGUUGUUGACCACGAAUUUGAUGUUGAGUCAUUUGACCGCGUUGUGUCCAUUGAGCUCUUUGAGCACAUGAAGAACUAUGAGCUGCUGAUGGCCAAGAUUGGUCGGGCGUUGAAACCAGGCGGCAAGCUCUUUGUCCACAUUUUUGCGCACAAGACAACGCCUUAUGACUAUGAGGAGGGUUGGAUGACGACGCAUUUCUUCACGGGUGGCACGAUGCCUUCUGCGGAUUUGCUCCUCUUCUUCCAAGGGGAUCUCAAGAUCCAGAAGCAAUGGUGGGUCAAUGGCCAGCAUUAUUCCAAAACAUGUGAGGACUGGCUACGAAAGAUGCUAGCACACAAGAAGGAAAUCUGGCCGCACCUGGUCGAGACGUAUGGGGAGGAAAACGCCAGCGUAUGGUACAAUCGAUGGCAGAUAUUCUAUAUGGCGUGUUCAGAGCUGUUCGCCUUUCAAGGAGGUGACACUUGGGGUGUGGCACACUACCUCUUCGAGAAGGCCAACUAA